CACCUCUGCCAGGCUGGCAAAAUCGGCAAAUUAAAUUUCUACAUCCGCAAGCACGAAAACCUGGUAAAAUUUUGAUUGAAAAAUUCUACCCUGAUUCAAACCGUUAAAAAAGUGAAACAUAAUUGUAAGGAUACAAUGGACGAUGAGCGUAAAUCAGCAGUGAUGGUAUCCGGAAGUGACCCGAAUGGACCAUUAAUUCGAAAGGGUUCGCUCAUGUCAUUCCGUACCAAAAAGUUUAUCGAUAUUCCAGCAAGCGAUGUUUUUGGCCGGUGCCGGUACGUUUCCGCGUUCCAAAAAUGCAAUCGGGUAGGCGAAGGAACAUACGGAAUAGUUUUUCGUGCAAAGGAUACGAAAACCAAUGAAUAUGUUGCGCUUAAAAAAGUACGAAUUGAUCAGGAUAUAUUCAAGGAUGGUUUACCGAUUAGCGGCUUGCGGGAAAUACAAAUACUCAAGAAUUGCAACCAUGAAAACGUAGUUAGAUUGAAGGAAGUUGUAGUCGGGAACAGCCUUGAAAGUAUUUUCCUAGUGAUGGAGUUCUGUGAACAAGACUUGGCCUCUCUUCUGGACAAUAUGGAUUCACCAUUUACAGAGUCACAGGUUAAGUGCAUUGUCAUUCAACUUUUGAAGGGUCUCAAAUAUCUACAUGGCAACUACAUCAUUCAUCGAGAUUUGAAAGUGUCCAACUUAUUGCUUACUGACAAAGGAUGUUUGAAAAUUGCUGACUUUGGCUUGGCCAGAUAUACCAGCGAUUCGGAUAGGCCGAUGACUCCAGGACUAGUAACGCUUUGGUAUCGUUCUCCAGAACUGCUGUUUGGUUGCAAGGAGCAAACAACUGCGGUCGAUAUGUGGGCCACCGGAUGUAUACUUGGAGAAUUAUUAGCCCACAAACCUCUGAUGCCGGGAGUUAGUGAAAUUUCCCAAAUAGAGCUUAUUAUUGAUUUGCUGGGAACACCUUCGGAGACAAUCUGGCCUGAUUUUCCGUCACUACCGGCGGUUCAGAAUUUCACAUUAAAAUCUCAACCGUACAACAAUUUGAAACCGAAAUUCGCUUGGUUAUCUUCCGCCGGUUUGCGUUUGUUAAAUUUCCUCUUUAUGUAUGAUCCCAGCAAAAGAGCUACUGCCGAAGAAUGCCUACAGAGCAGUUAUUUCAAGGAAGCCCCACUUCCAUGCGAUCCAAAACUCAUGCCCACUUUUCCGCAUCAUCGUGACUUGAAAAAUGUCGCAAAAGAAGACGAACCUACAACUUCUAUAAUUAAACCCACUAUUGAUCCCAGCACAAUGCCUACCAUUUCGGAUCUUCUGGGAUCGCUUGUGAAGAAACGUAAAACAGAAUAAAUUCUACAAGUUUUAUAAUUUUUAUUCGAAUCUAAAUUUACAAACAAUCGAAAACUCCCUACAAAUAUUCCCGAUCCAUUGAUGUUUUCUUGGCUUUCUUAUCUCGUGCACGAUCGAACCAACGAUGUUUAGUAGUGAACGUAACACGGGACAGUUCCUGGCGAACAAACUCGGGAUUCUUUAGCUUCAAGCUGCAAGCG